UGUUUACAAUUCGCAGUUCCCACUAAUCUCCGGCGAGCAAACGAUGUAGCGUAGGGAGGAGAAAUAAAUUAUUAAUCAUUUAAUGUGUUUCAUGCAUAAAUCUAGUUUCACGAUAGUAAUAAAACUGCACAUAUCUUGCCGUUCGAAGUUGUGAAUGUACAAUGGAAGCUGAAAACGUGAAGCAUGAGGCAGAAAACGAGCAGGAUGCCGACGAUGAUGAAGGUGAUGAAGCAUCUCAUGCUUCCUCCGUUGGCGAUUUUUCCGCCAGCGAAGAUGAAUGGACACCGGCAAAGGAAGAGCAAACCAAGGUUGCGGAAAAAAGUGCACCGAAAAGAAAAUCGAAAGCCCAGCCGGCUAAAAACCCCAUUGUGCCGGCCCGUGUGUCGCGAAGGAUAGCCGCCAAGAGGGGUAUCGUUUUGCCGGAAGAGCCAGAAACUGCCGAACUGCCGGCCAAUGCCCAAUCCAUUCUAGCGCCAAGCUCCAGCGAGGAUGAAUCGGCUAGCGAGGAGGAAAAGAAAGCGCCUAAAAGAGCGAAAAGGAAACCAGUCCGUAGAAAGGGGAAACCACCCGCACGCCAGCAAUCACCUUCCGCUGACGAUGAACCGAUUAAGCUGACCACAUUCACGGUGGAGCAGCUGUAUCGUAAAUAUCGUCCAGAUUUGGCACAUCCCGAGCGGCCGAGCACUUCGAAGGCACUCGCCGCUCCUCCGAACAAGCGCACAAAACCCAACUCAGCGGCCGGCGAUGGUACGGGCGAUGAGUCUGAGAGCAGUGGCGAUGAUUAUUUGGUCGAUCCGAGCGAGUUGGAUUUGAAUUCGGACUUUUUUCGACCAUCCGAGCAGGAGAAGGAACAGCGUCAUGCGGUCAAUCUUUACUUCGACUGUAAUGCGGGUGUCGAGCUGACCGAUUCCGAGGAAGAGGAAGAUGCAAGCGACCGGAUCGUCGGGGGAGAAUCAAGCACAACGGCUGUAGACAAUGAGAGGAAACUAGCCGAUGUAGAGUUGGGCAAAAAGCUUAUUCAGCAAAUCAAUCAAUCCAGCGAAGCGUACGUCCAAAUGGUCCGGCUAGCGGAAGCGGCAACGGCACGGAACGUGCCACCGAGGGGCGGCAAUGAUCCGGGUGCAGGGUCAUCGAAGGUGGGCAAGGGCAAAGAAGCUACCGCGGAAUCCCGUCAGCAAGAAGAUAUCGAUCGGCUGCUGGUCGCGGGCGAGAAGUUGCCCGGUCGUGAGGGAAAAGGUCUUACCGCCGGUUUUGGUAGAACCGAUUUUGUGAAGGUAGCACCGUUCAAACCGGCGGCCAAGGCGGACACGCCAAAGGAGAUCGAAAUUACGCUCAAACUCGGCCCGGAAGGGGACGGUAAGGGUGGCUCGCAGAAACGCACCUUUGACGUGCUGACCGCGCUGAAACGGUUCAUGAACCGCGAGAAACGCACCAGCCAGAUAAACGUCCACAAGGUGGCACUGCUCUGCUGGAUCGGCCACGGCACGUACGUGAACAAUGUGCUGCGCAAACCGUCGCUGAUGCGCUUCGCCCUGAAGAAGCUGCUGCCGGGCGUGAUGGGCCAGACGAGCACGGCCAACCGUCCGAAUGGGUUGACCAAUGUGCGGUACUUCCAGGAGCUGACGCGCUACUACCGGCGCACCGUCACGCUCAAGGACGAUACGAUGUUUUACCGCCAGCGGCAGCAUCCGGCCCUUGGGAAGUUUCUUAUAUUCGCGAUCGCGAAAAAGGCCACCUACUGCCGGCGGGACUACAUACUGCUGUUUGUGCUGAUGCUUCGGAUAGUGGGCGUCCAUGCGCGGCUAAUCAUUGCACCGCCCGUUCCCCCGAAACACGUCCCAUCCGAUCAGCUGUACAAGAUGAACCCGAAAACACCGCAGGAGAUGGCGAUGGAGCGGAAGCUGCUGGAAGACUUCCGGCAGGCACCGCGCGACAGCAUGGUGUACGUGGCGAAACAGAAGCUGCGUGCGCUGAUCGCCAAGCAGAAGGAUUCCACCGGCAAGGGCGUUAAGCGGAGGGCGGCUGGUGGUGCUGGUGGUGGAUUUUCCAUACCGCAGCUCGAUGGUGGUGCGGAUGAGCCGUCACUGUUGGCACGGGACAAGAAGCAAAAGCUCAAGCUUAUGAAGGGUUCCUUUUUGAGGGUAGAAAACAAUCGGAAACCGGCGCUGCCGGUGGAAGGGGACGAUGAAGAGGAACAGAGUGCUGUGCCGGAUGAGGUGCAGCAAAGGCGGCAGCGCAUAUUGGCCGCGUAUCGGGCACGGGCCGCACGGCUUGCCAGCAAGAAGGAAAAAGACGCCAAACGAAAGGGUGACGAUGGUAAGAAGAAGGCGAAUGGAAAGGUGGGCUGUGGAGUGGACUACUGGGUGGAGGUGUUUUGUGAGCACGAGGACAAAUGGAUCACGAUCGAUGUGCUUAAAGGGAGCGUUUAUAAUCUCGAGGAUAUUGUGAAACAAGCAACGCAACCAAUCGCGUACGUCCUGGCCUGGAACAAUGAUGGCACGAUCAAGGAUGUUUCACCCCGUUACAUCUCCCGGCUCGGUAGCAAGAAGAGUAAACUGCGCGUCGAAGACGCCUGGCUAGAGAAAGCGCUCCGACCGUACCGUGGCAAGCGCACCAAGCGGGAUCUGAUCGAAGACGUCAAGUUCGAUCGAUUGCUCAACAAGCGGCCCUUCCCGGAGCAGAUCGGCGAGUACAAAAACCAUCCCAAGUACGCAAUCGAGCGUUAUCUGCUGCGCAACGAAGCAAUCUACCCGCGGGAUGCGCCCAUCCUUGGUCACAUACGCGACGAACCGAUCUAUCUGCGGGACUGCGUGAACACGCUCCAUUCGCGGGAGUCAUGGUUACGGCAGGCGAAAACGGUCCGCCUGCACGAGGAACCGUACAAGGUGGUAAAGGCGAAGGCAAAGUACGACCGCUUUACCGGGGCAGCCAUUACCGGGCAGACGGUGGAACUGUUCGGUGAGUGGCAGGUACAGGACUACGUACCCCCGGUCGCAAAGGAUGGGCUGGUGCCACGCAGCGCGUACGGCAAUGUGGACCUGUUUCAGCCGUGCAUGCUACCGAAGGGUACGGUGCAUUUGCAGCUGCCCGGGCUGAAUCGAAUCUGUCGCCGGAUGCGGAUCGACUGUGCGCAGGCCAUCACUGGGUUCGAGUACCGGAACGGAGGAUGCCAGGCCGUGUACGAUGGGUUCGUGGUGUGCGAAGAGUUUCGCGACCGGCUACUGGACGAAUGGUACGCGGAGCAGGUCGAGCUGCAGGAGAAGGAGGACGAACGGCGCCGGAAGCGUAUCUAUGGGAACUGGCGACGGUUGAUCAUGGGGCUGUGCAUACGGAAGAAGCUGAAGGAUCGGUACAAUUUCGAUAACAUGUGAAAAAUUGUGAACUAGGAGAUGCUUUCGAUUCGAGGAAAACCGUUUGAAAUAUUUCACUCCGGUUCUCGGGGUGUAAAAUACUUCUGUGCAAGCAUUUUACAACUUGCAUGCAAAGAACAGUUUGAACAGAGAGCAGGGUUGAACAGUUGGCGACUAACACUCUCGUGAGGACAUUCAAAAGAAAAUUCGUUGUUCAUUGCAAAUGUUUUAAAUCCUAGGACUGCCGACACGAACAUCGCAUAUAUGUGACGUACCUUUAUUUGUUUAAUGCUACGCAUUUCUAGCGUACUAGGUAAGAUAUUAGUGUAAUUUAUUCCCCACCAAUAAAGAUAUUAACUCCAAGCAUAGAGGA